UAUUGGUCACGUGAUAUAAUUAGGUCACUAAUAUUAUGCUAAAAUGGCGGAUGACCUCCGGUUUGUAUUUGGGAUUUCCUAGAAAACUCUUUAUAUCACAGAUACGUAUGUCAUAUCCGCACAGAAGGAGCAAGGGACUGUGAAGAAUACACCCAUGAUCCGAUCUGAACUCAACAUUGACACAAUGCAGAAGUGAUGACAUCAUUGGGCAUUUGUGGACAUUUGAAGAAGCAGGGCCUUCUGGACGGCAAAUCUGUCAUAUGACCUAAUGAUAAAAACUGUGGAACAAAUGGGCCUUAAAUGGAACAUUGUGCCUUCCAAUAUCUGAUGCAUUACUAGGAAACAAUGCUAGACUCCAGCUGUUGACCUGUGACAAACUAGACACACUCAACCCAACUGCCAUCAGUGUUAUUUGAGUCUGAUCAAAAACGUCUAUCACAAGUGGUAUAUGACGAACAAUCAAUAGUGCACACAGACACUAACAUGGGAUCUGUGUGGAAGAGACUCCAACGCGUCAACAAGAAAGCGGCCAAAUUCCAGUUCAUUGCCUCAUAUCAGGAACUGACGGUGGAAUGUACUAAGAAAUGGCAACCCAACAAGCUUUGUGUGCUGUGGACAAGAAGGAUACGAAAGAAUUACAGCAAGCUGCACACAUGGCAGCCAGGCAUCAAGAACCCCUACAGGGGGGCAGUGGUGUGGCCUGUUCCAGAGAACGUGGAGAUCACAGUCACACUCUUUCAGGAUCCCAAUAACCCAGAGUAUGAUGACAAGGAAUGGACAUUUGUAAUUGAGGAUGAGUCCAGGACAGGGAAGCGGAGAAAGUUAGCCACAGCCAACAUCAACAUGAGGGAGUAUGCCAGUGCAAUCCCAACUCAACAGGAGCUCAAGCUCAAGCUCCGGCCACUCACCAAGAAAGUGGUGUCUGCUACCUUACAUUUCACCUUGUCAUGUGUAUUCCUUAGAGAGGGAAAGGCCACGGAUGAAGACAUGCAGAGCAUUGCCAGCCUGAUGAGCUUCCACCAGCCAGAUAUCGGCAAUAUUGAUGACUUUGAGGAUGAGGAGACUGCCGACACCUCUGCACAGAGGGAGGAGGUGAAUGCUCAGUACGCUGACUUGAUGGCAAAAUUACGACAGAUUGAUGACGAGGAGCAGGAGGAUGAAGGAAAUCCCUUUGCUGAACCGAAGGAAGUCACAACAGUGAUAGUAGUACAUAAGGGUGAAGCUACCGUACUACCUUGCCAAGAGUCUUAUAAACACAAGACUCUCCCUGAUUCCCUAGCUGAGGAAGACAGUGGAGUUAAACAGAUAACAAAGCAGUACAAGGAGUCAGAUGAGCCUGUACCAAGCACCUCUCAAGAGGUUAAAGAAGAAGUGGCACAGACCUCUGUAGUCAGUAAUGAAGAGAAACAGCACAGUGUUUCUCAGUCUGCUGUCAAUGAUGACGAAGGUGGUCUGGAGAAAGCAUCAGCAAAGCUGGAUAAAGAUUCAGCAGCAACAGUUCACAAUGAAGCAGUUCCUAAGCCCCAGAAUGACACUACCUCUAUGGGAACCCCUGAUGCCACAUCCCACAAUUCCCUCAGUGAUUCACGACAUGAUAACGAGCCUGUCGAAGCAAACCAAUCAGAAACUAAUGAAGAUGACUCUGAAAAUGCCGGACUUCCAAGUAAGCAGAGUUGGGAUAAGGAUCCAGAAAACAUUCCUUCACCGCCAGUUGAAACAGCCAUGGAUGAAAUCUCUUCCCUCUUCCAGAAGUGCAAGGUGACAUCAUCACCAAAAGCCUCAGUUGGUGACAACUUUGAAGAAAGCAUUCCCUACAUGGAUGAUGAAGAGGACAAAAAUCCCUUCACAGAAGACGUCAAAGAACCAGCAGAGAGAAAAGAUUCUCUAAACCCAUUUGAUGAACCAGAGGAGUCAACAAACCCUUUUGAUGAGCCCAGUCAACCGUUGAAUCCGUUUGACGAAUCAGGAUCUACAGAAGGGCUGGAGACAGCCAAGAGUGAGGCUGAUCCUCUUCCCAAAGCACCCAAGAGGAAGAAAAAGAAGAAGAAGGACAAAGACAAGGACUCUGGGGUGGACCUGUCCAGGUAUCUGUUUGGGUUUGGAGGUGGUGGGGACAAGGUGAAAGGGUCGAAAGGCUCUAAACCAUGUGAGGUGGAGGAAGAGCUUGAUGAAAGCAACCCCUUCCAUACACCACCGUCACCAAAAGAGAAGAGUGCAGAAAUUGUCAAAAGAAGGUCCUCAGAGGGCAAAAAAGAACAGAAGACACCAUCCCCAAAGAAGGAAGCCCCCAGACCACCUAGUCCCAAGACUCCUACACCCAAGCCAAGAGCCAGUCUAGAAAAGAAGGAAUCUCAGAAGGAAUCUCCCAAAGAAAUGGACACAUCACAAGCAGAGAAAGAGAACAAGAUUGAGGAGAGCCCUCCAAAGACAGGUAAGAAGCCUUCUGCCACACAAGACCUCCUGGAGUGGUGCAAGGAAGCCACUAAGGGUUACCGUGGAGUCAAAGUUACCAACUUCACCACGUCCUGGAGAAAUGGCCUGGCUUUCUGUGCCAUCCUACAUCACUUCCAGCCCAACAUGAUUGAUUUUUCCUCCUUGUCACCUCACGACAUCAAAGGAAACAAUAAAAAGGCUUACGAGGGAUUUGCAGAGGUGGGAAUCCCCAAGCUGUUGGAGCCGUCUGACAUGGUGCUGCUAGCUGUGCCUGACAAGCUGACUGUGAUGACAUAUCUGUACCAGAUCAGGACACACUUCACAGGACAGGAGCUAGAGGUUGUUGGCCUGGAGGACUCCAGUCAAAACAGCAAAUACAUAGUGGGAAGUUUCAGCACAGAUGAAGCCAUCUCCCCUGACACUUUCAACCAGGAGGUUAUCAGCUCCAGAGAACCAGAAGAGACAGACAAUGGUCAGGACCUCGGUGGUGUAGAACCUACCACAGAAACAGAUGUACCUUCACCCAGUUCUCAUGAGUCCCCUGAAGGGAUGGCCAAUGGUGAAGUCAGUGAAAGAAAAAGAAGAAAAAGUGGAAGUAAAAAGGACAGGCACAGGAGUGGGAGUACAGAGGGGGAGAGGAGGAGACACACGAGUGGGUCUGGCAGUGAGGGGCCGGGAUCACCUGUCUCAGAAGACCAGGUGAACGGGGAGGACGAGGGAGACAAGAAGAAGUCUCCAACCAAGUUUGGGUUUUCUUACACACCAUCGUUUGGUAAGGGUGAACUGGCACAGAAACUGAGGUCUUCCUUCAAGAGGAAAAGUAAGGACCAUGACAAGGAGCAUGACACAGACACAACAGAGGAGACAACUAAGACAAAAAGAACACUUCCCCAGAUACCCAAGUCUGCUAGUUUCCAAGACGGCCCGUUGUCAAGACAUGAUGAGCUGAAGGAAAGAGCACGUCUUCUGCUGGAACAGGCACGCAAGGACGCUAUUGAGAAAAAGUCAGCUGCGGUACAGAGACGUGCAACAGUUACUGACUCAUCCAGGCCUGCAAAUUUGGAAUCACCUGAUGAUGAUGAGGAUGAGGAAGAGAGACAGAGACAACUGCGAGAGCGAGCGAGGCUGCUGAUAGCGGAAGCCCGUGCAGGGAUUAACAAACCCCAGCUGUCAGGACUGGGAGGCUCCACUUCUCCACACAAGGGUGUGACCAGAUCUGUGUCUGCUGCAGGCUUUCAGUUUUAUCAGUUUGGGUCCAAGGUGCCAAGCCAGAGUCAAAGCCCUGAUUCAGGUUCGGGUGAGGGUCUUAUAGGUGCCUUGAACAGGAUGAGCAGUGGGCGUGGCAGUGCCAGCAGGGCAGACCUGAAGCUGAAGAAGCUGAUGUUGGCACGGCCAGGGCUGGCCAACACUCUCGCCGACACUGCCAACAAACUGGAGAAAGAGAGGACAAGGUCACCUGAGAAUUACGAGCCUGGAGCUGUCAUCUAUGUGGGGAGGGAGGGGAGCAAGAAGAGUACCAAGGGAGGGGAGGGAGACAGUCCCAGCAAGGUGUCCCCCACCUCCAGGACCAAGCUGCAGUCCUUCAGUGACAUCAUGGAAGGACGGGCGGCGAGCCCGCUGCAGGGGGAACUCAUAACAGAAGAAGACGAGCCUCAGCAGGAGCCAGAGGAGCAGGACAUGUUGAGUGCCAGUGAGUAUGUGACUGGUGAACUGUGUGCCUUGGAAAACGAGCAGGAUCAGAUCGACAACAGGGCAGCUGCUCUCGAGAAGCAGCUGCGGACGGCGAUGAAUGACAAAGCUUCUAACAAGGAAGACGAGGAGAGACUGAUGCAGGAGUGGUUCUUGUUGGUGAACAAGAAGAACGCUCUGAUCCGCAGACAAACACAACUCAACAUCCUGGUGAAGGAAGAUGAUCUGGAGAAGAGAUUUGACCUUCUGAACCGAGAGCUACGAUCCAUGAUGGCACUAGAAGGUACGUAUGCAACUUCAAUGUUGCAACUUAUUCUUUGUACACCCUAUGUCAGAUACACUGGAGAAAUGCCAAAGCAGACUGUUGUUGAACUAUGUAUGACUAUGUUUUCCAAUUCAUGAAAGACAAGACAAGAU